AUGUCUGUAGGCGACUCGUUGUCGCUUGCUGUGGCAGUUUAUGGAUUUCUUCCUCGAACGAAACGUAUAGAAGCAGCAGGACAUUCUUAUGAGUGUUCUUUGAUUCGUGACCAAAUCACUCUUGGUAGGUGUACCUUGCCGAUACUCAGGAGGAGCAGUCAGGAUGAAGUUUGCGACAGCCCUCUCGAAGAUAUCGAUGAAAAUGAAAGGGCUUCUUGGUUUGAUGUAGAUGAUGAAAAGUAUGAGCGAUACUUGAUGAAACUGGACCCGAAUGAUACGAAAAAUCAGGAUCACUACAAAGUUUUGGGUCUAUCAAAGCUUCGCUUCAAAGCAACUAUGGCAGAAAUUAGGAGUUGUUAUCGUGCUAAGGUCCUAAAAUAUCACCCCGAUAAAAAGAAGCACAGAGGAGAACCACUUCCGGCCGGUGAAGACUAUUUCACGUGUAUUACAAAAGCCUACGAACAGCUUGGCGUUUCAGAAGCUAAACGACAAGCCUACGACUCUGUUGACCAUAAAUUUGAUGACGCCAUACCUAGUGAGAAGUCCAUCAACAAAGAAAACUUUUUCUCCGAGUUAGCCCCUGUAUUUGAACGGAAUGCACGAUGGUCAAUUUUACAACCUGUUCCUCGCUUGGGAAAUGUUGAUUCGGAAAGGAAGGCUGUAGAGAACUUCUACAACUUUUGGUUCGAUUUUUCUUCUUGGAGAGAAUUUUCCUAUUUGGAUGAGGAAGACAAGGAGAAGGGUGAAGAUCGUUAUGAAAGAAGAGAGUUGGAAAAAAUAAAUAAAGCUGAAAGAGAACGCCGAAGAAAAGAAGAAGCAAAGCGAAUACGGCGAUUGGUCGAAUUGGCUUACUCAAAGGAUCCCCGAAUAGCUAAGUUCAAGAAAGAGGACCAAGAGAUGAAAAACAAAGCCAAGGAGGAAAGGCAAAGGAAACUGCGGGAGAAGGCUGAGGCUAUAGAACAAGAACGAAGGGCGAAAGAGGAGGCAGAGAUGAAAGCUAAAGAAGAACAAGAACGGAUUGCAAAAGAAGAGAGAGAAAAGGAGCGAAAGGAGAAAGAAACUGCCAAGAAAGCUGCGGCUGCCCAGCGAAGGCGUUUCAAGAAGUUAGCUGAAGCUGCUGGUCAUUGGACAGAAGAUGCCAGAGAGAAACUUGUGGAGAUGGAACGUGUUGAGAGGCUUUGUUUGUCACUGUCUGUCGAUGCAAUGACAGCUUUAUGUGACUCUAUUGAGAAACUAACGGUCCGAGAAGAAAUCCUCUCUGCCAUCUCGAAAGCAGAGAGUACUAAAACAAAUGCUGCUACGAAGACUGAGACAAAAACGGAAGAUAGGCCGAAAGAAGCAGACAAAGUGUUAUGGACGAGCGACGAAAUCCAACUACUAAUUAAGGCAUCUAACACCUAUCCUGCGGGUACAGUCGAUAGGUGGAAUGUUAUAGCUGAUUACAUAAACGAGCAUCGCAAAGACAAAUCUACUCCCCCGAAAAAUGAAAAACAAAUUAUAAAACAGUGCAAAGCGGUGCAAUCUAUGAAUGUUAAACUACCAGUGACCACUCAAAACAUGUUGGGGACUUCACUGCCAGAUGAGGAUACUUGGACUCUCACUGAACAGAAAUUGCUUGAAAAAGCAAUCAAAACGUAUCCGGCUUCUGAUCCGGAGCGAUGGGAUAAGAUUUCGACGGCAGUUGGGACAAAAACGAAAAAAGCGUGUAUACGUCGUUUUAAAUAUCUUGUGCAAAUGUUGUUGACUAGUGAGUGUAUGAUGCUUUCAGUUAAUGGCGUUGUAAAGAAGGACAGUUAUCGUGAUCACGUUCGUCGCUAUCGUUCCUACGAUAUCGGCGCUGAAGAAACAGGUUGUGCCGAUGUCGUCUAUUGA